AUGAUAAUAAAAUUUAUUUUAUUUAUUCUAUUUAUUAAAACAUAUAAUAGUUUUCAGUUUAAUUAUAAAAUAUUACCAAAGAGUGACUAUAAACACAAUUGUGUAAAAAAAUUUCCAUCUGUAAAUUAUUUUUAUAAGUUUCAAAAUGUAAAAUCUAAGGAAUUUAAAAAUAAAAUUUUGUCUUUUUUUUCAAAUUAUUUCAAUAGAGAAUCUGAUAAAUAUACAUUAAAUCAAGAUGAGAAAGAUUAUUUAAAUAAAUUAGGAGUAAGCGAAAAUGAUGAUUAUAAAGAUUUAGUUAAAUCACAUGAAGAAUACAUUAAAACAAUUAGCGAUAUUAAGAGCAAAUUAAAAUAUAAAGAUUUAUUUUUUUUUAUUACCCAAAAAUUAAUUCAUAAAAAUUUAUAUGAAUUUAAAAGAAAACAGAAAUAUAAUAUAUUUCAAAAUGAUGAAUACACUAGCGAAUUAUCUAUUGAUUAUGUGAAAAAUUCUAACAUUGAAGAAAAAUUUAAAGAGAUAUUAUUAAAAAAACUAAGUAGAGAAAACAAUAGUCAUAAAUUUCGCCUUUUACGUAUUUUUAAGUGGAAAAGUGCAUCAGAUAUAUUUAACAUUAGUAAAUUAAUUAUUCCAAUUGCUUCUAUCGGUUUGUUUUUAUCAAAAAUGGCAAUUUUUUCAGUUGUUGUAAAUAUGAUAAUAACUGCACAUUUUUUGACUUUCAAAAAAGAUCAAAAAAAAAAAAUGAAAAUUUCUACUUUGAUUUUAACCAUGGUAUUAAUACUAGUACACUCUUCAUUUGGUAUAGUGUGUAAUAGCAUAUUCUUUCACUAUUUUAAGUUUAAUAUACCUACAUACAUAAAAAGAGAGAACAUUUUAUCUAUAUUCGUCAAUAUACAAUUAUAUAUAGCAUCCUUAAUUUAUUUUACUAAUAACAAUAAUCAUGAAAAUGAAGAUGUAAAUGAAGAUGUAAAUGAUUCUAUAUUUAACAAUAUUGAUUUCGAUGAUGAAUUUUCAUUAGAGAAAAAUAAAUAA